AUGGACGUUGAAGAUAAACCAUAUUUUUCUAGUGUAGAGGAGAAAACUGCUUUCUGGAAGGAACUUUCCUUCAAGUAUAAACAAAGCUUCCAGGAAACUUGGGAUGAGCUACUUGAAUUCCACAAAACAAGCAGAGAAUUAGAAGCAGAGUUGGAGGCACAGUUAGUACUGGCUGAACAAAGUAAGAGAGACUUGCAAGCUGAUAUCCAACUGGCUGAACAAAGUAAGAGAGACUUGCAAGCUGAUAACCAAAGGCUGAAAUAUGAAGUGGAGGCAUUAAAGGAGAAGCUAGAACAUCAGUAUGCAAAAAGCUACAAGCAGGUCACAGCAUUAGAGGAUGAUUUAAAUCAGACUCGCGCCAUUAAGGAGCAGUUCCAGAAGUACGUGAGAGAGCUGGAGCAAACCAAUGAUGGCCUGGAGCGUGCACAAAGGGCAGCAGUAGUUUCACUGGAAGAGUCUGAACAAAGGCUAAAUCAGACCCUUGAAAGAAAUGCGUAUUUUGAAAGAGAACUUGAUGAAAUGGAAUCUUCGUUGGUCUCUGUGAAGAACUUAAAGGAUGAAGUAGGAGAUUUAAAACACGAACUAGCAGCUUGGGAAAGACAAGAAGUAACCAGAAAACAAACUCCAGACUGUGAAAAGACCGAUUCUGCUGUGCAAGGCCCCCUGCCUGGAUCCCGAGCUGCUCUCCCAGGGAAUUCGGUCUCCCUGCCGAGUGCGCCGGCCCCACUACCGCGGGACUGGAUCCCCCGCGCCCGCACCCACCCUGCCACGUCCUGGGGAGGAGCGGGAAUCAAUGACCAGCCCCGGCGGGCGCGCAGCCGGGUGAGCGCAGCCCCGAGACACGCGCUCAGGGCGCCCCCCACCCCCGGGCCCCCCGCCCUCCCCGCGCGCCGCCUCCAGCGCGAAGCACAACGCGCCUCCGGGCUCGGGGACGGCGGCGCCGAGCAAUCCGGGCGGGCCGGCCUCGCCGGUGACAUCACACGCGAGGAUACUCCUGCUCUCGGCGCCGCCUUCGCCAAGCGGCCGUCCAUCCGUCCGUGCGCUGCCGUCCGCAGCCGGAGCGGGUCCUCGCCAGCCGGCACAGAGCCGGGCACCGCGGAGCGACAGGACCCGAAGAGCAGGGAGAGCGGAGGCCUCGAGGGAGGGAGGACCCGCGCGGACGACAGCGUGAAAUUGAGCCCCGCGCGCUGCUUGCUGUCCCUCCUGCCGGCGCUGGUCCUCAGCACCAGGUGA